UUUUUUCAAUAAAGUUUGCUUUGUUUGCUUUCUCAAUCAAACAUGGCCGCCUUAGCAACCGCUCUAUUCGAUGAUGAACAGUUCACGGCAGAUUUUAUCGAGGAUGAGCAAGAAUCUUCUGCCCCCACUACCACUGCGUCUUACACGGUAAGAAAGCAGGAAAGGCUGAACAGGGAGGAAAUCGGUCGCUUUCUGCGGGAGGCAGAGAGGAACAGUAGGUUGAUUGAAAAAUUCGAGAAAGAGAGAGCUGUGACUGUUCUGUGCAGAAAGAAUGCCUGGACGGAUGUCAUUGACGAACUUGAGGAAUAUGAAAAAAUAUUACAGAAAGAUAGGUUUGCUCAAAAGAUGAUCCUUCAGAAACAGCUAGUGAAGAUCAAUAAUGGUGUGAAGAAAUUUCAGAAACACCUAACUGAUGUCAGGCCGUCUCCUGAAUUGAUUGGAAGACUUAAAGAAAUAAUGUUAGAUGUGGAAAUGUCGAUAAAUACUCUAAAGGAGGAGCAGUGUUUAAGCUUUGAGAAAUAUUCAAAGGAGGAGCGGAUGUACAAGAAGGAAGUUAUUGCUUAUGAGAAGAAGUUUGAAAACUGGAGUCUUCUUGUCAAGUCAAACCCUAAAUUACCUGCGUUGAAGAUCAACCCCUUCCACAAAGAUCUCCCUGCCGAGGUCAAAGCUCUGGAGGAUUUCCUGCAGAAGACUGGAGGUUCUCAUGGAGGCUGGGACCAGUUUGAUCACCAAGCGUUCUUAAGAGUCUGGAUCAAGCACGGUGGGCGGUCGUCUUACAGAAAAGAGGCCAGACUCUACCUGCCGAGCAAAACAGAGGAGGAGGUCCAGCAACACGAGGACUGGCAUCAGAAGCUGCUUCACCUGCAGGACCAAAAGAGAGAGGCUAUUCAACGCUGGAAAACCAGUAAAGAAAAAGAGCGUCAGACGAGGAUCCACACUCAAGAGGAAAUGGAGGAGGCACAAAGCAAAGAGAGGAAGACCAAGAACUUGGCUGAGCAACAGCAGACUGAGGAGGAGAGGAUGGAGGUGGCACGGUGCCUGGAGGAAUGGAAGAAAAAGAAAAAACAAAAAGAGGAAGAAGAAGGAGAGCAGAAACUGGCUGAGGAGAUUCGCAGGAGAAGACAAGAAAAGGAGGAGCGCCGCCGCCAGCUGGAAUUAAAGAUGGCCCUUGAGGAGCGUCUGCGAUUGAAGCGCGAGAAAGAGGAGGAACAGGAGAAGAGAAAAAGAGAGAAGGAACAGAGGGAAAGGGAGGAGAAACGAAGAGAGGCAACGAAAGUCAUCAAAAGCUUCAGUGAAAGGGAUCUUCACAAGGUGGAGGCAAAGCUUCAUGAGAGGCAACUGAGGGAAAAGGAGGAAGAGGAAAGACAGAAAAGAAUCAUAGCUAACCUGAAGGAAAAGAUGGAUGGUCAUGUGAACAGAGACCCCUCCCGGCUGAUUCGCCCCACUAAAGGAUGGGAGGAAAGGAUGAAACACAUUGAACCUUCAGGACAAGGACCCAUGCUGCAGGUGUUCCACAGAGCCAUCCCCUCUUGGAGACAAGGGCUCUGAUGUCACCAUGUCCUGCAGUUUUCCACAGUUUCCGGAACCUCUUUUUGACUUAAAUUUGUUUUGUUGUUUUGACACUUUUGUUGUUAUGGUAAAGUAUUUACA